GGGCCGCGUCCCGGGAGCUGGCGGCAUCUCCUGUCAGACGCCGGCCACCCAGAGCUCCUGUCACCACCUCUGCGGGAUGAUCCCAUCCCGAGGGCACUGUCCGCUGGGGCUCGGCCGGGCUCCGGGAGACCGGGGUCGGGGUGAGCGGAGAGGAGUCUUCCACGCAAAGCUGUCAGGGCUCGGAGCCCUGGGGUAGCCCAAAGGCCAGGAGGGGCAACCUUGGGGCAGAGGCCGCGACAUCCCUCGCGACCCCACGGAGGCAACCGGGAGAGCAUUCGGGAGACUCGAGCUUCCCCCGCUCUGCGCGUCACGCCUGGUCGGACCGGGUCGCUUCGCCCCGCGUUAGGCCCACCACCAGGACCGGACCGGACGGGAUGCCGGCGGGGGUCCGGCGCAGAGAGGAAGGGCGGGCCGGCGGGCGCCCCACUGCCGGAAGGGGCGAGCCCCGCAAGCAGCGCUCCCGCCCCAGCCGGGCUCACCUUCAGGUCGUUCUCCGGUACACCUUGACCCCCCCUGGAGACAGCCCCUGUGCUCGGGUUGGCCACAGCUGUUCAUAUUUACCCCCAGUCGGUGACGCCAAGAGAGGGAAGGUCUUCAUUGUUGGGGGAGCAGAUCCAAACAGGAGCUUCUCAGAUGUGCACACCAUGGAUCUGGGAACACACCGGUGGGAUUUGGCUGCCGCGGAGGGCCUUUUGCCCCGUUACGAGCAUGCCAGCUUCAUUCCCUCUUGUGCACCUCGUACCAUCUGGGUGUUUGGAGGUGCUGACCAGUCAGGAAAUCGAAAUUGCCUACAAGUUCUGAAUCCUGAAACGAGGACUUGGACCAUGCCAGAGGUGACCAGCCCUCCACCAUCUCCAAGAACAUUUCACACAUCCUCUGCAGCCAUUGGAAACCAGUUGUAUGUCUUUGGGGGUGGAGAGAGAGGUGCCCAGCCUGUGCAGGACGUGAAGCUGCAUGUGUUUGACGCAAACACUCUGACCUGGUCACAGCCAGAGACACUUGGAAAACCUCCAUCCCCCCGGCAUGGUCAUGUGAUGGUGGCAGCAGGGACAAAGCUCUUCAUCCAUGGAGGCUUGGCAGGGGACCAAUUCUAUGAUGAUCUCCAUUGCAUUGAUAUAAGUGACAUGAAGUGGCAGAAGCUAAGUCCCACUGGGGCAUCUCCCACAGGCUGUGCUGCCCACUCAGCUGUGGCUGUGGGGAAACACCUGUAUGUCUUUGGAGGGAUGAGUCCCACAGGAGCCCUGGAUACAAUGUACCAGUAUCACAUAGAAAAGCAGCAUUGGACCUUGCUUAAAUUUGAUAAUUUUCUACCCCCUGGACGAUUGGAUCAUUCCAUGUGUGUCAUUCCAUGGCCAGUGAUGUGUGCUUCUGAGAAAGAAGAUUCAAAUUCUGUCACUCUAAACUGUGAUACAGAGAAAGGGGAGUCCACCAAAAAAGGAGUGACCCAAGGUGGUGAUUUACAUGAGGAAAGUCAGACAGACACAUUGCUCUGUUUUGUGUUUGGCGGGAUGAAUACAGAAGGGGAAAUCUAUAAUGACUGUAUUGUGACUGUAGUUGACUAAUAAAUUCUACAUUUUUAUUAAAUGACAAACUUUCAGGAAAGUUAAAUGAAACCUUA